CAAGAAAUUAAAAAUACAACUAGGUCAGUUGCUGGAGAAGGCCUACCGCAGAGGGGUCCACUGAGAAUGGUUUUGGAAACUACUGGCUUAAAUUGAUAAGCCAGCGAUCAAAAAUGUGGGUCGCUGAGGCCCAAACGGGGGCUGGUUUUAACCUGAGCAGUGCUCGGUGUCCCUCACUGCGCUUCUGAAGGUGGCCCACUAUAGAUGAAGUCACCCAAGAUGCCCCUAGGUGUCGCAGUUUCUCCUCCGUAAGCUUUGCUUUCAAUUUCUCCGGUUUUCCACUCCGUUCCCCCCCCCUAACCCUUCGCCGUACUCCCUGCAUCUUUACUGUGAUAUAGAAUCCAGGAAGAAAAAAAUCCAGCUGAUCUCUUUCCGGCCUGCUGCGCCUGUAUUUCCUUUCAAGGCGAACCGCAUUCUCGUACACAGAACUGUGGGCCAGCAACGGCUGCUGGCGGGGAGGCGACACGCGUCCGCAAUAGGCGAAGGAGCAUAUUUUAUAUUAUUUAUAAUAUAUAGGGAUCCGAGGCGGACGGGAGGGACACCGUGCGCAUCGAAGUAGCGCCGGCCAGGGGAUCUCCUGCCGACGUUGAGGUGUUAGGAGCGGGGAUUUACAGGAAUGCCUCGGCUGCAUGGAAGGCGCGGAACACCGACGAUCGCGCCGGACUUCUGCACCGGCUCGCCUCCGCUGAUCACCGCGGAAUGAACGGCCGCCCGCGUCGUGUUGCCUCUGCGUUUCAUAUCGCCGCCGUCCUACCUCCACAUUCAUCUGUCGCCUCAAAGAGGACCGCCUCUGCUCCUAUAAACAUCGCACACGUACGAUCCGCUUAUUCCUGGUGCACACGCAUUGGGGAAAAUCGUACGUAUAAAUUCCGCACUAGCGAUCUUGAAGAUUUGGAUUUUUUUUCUUCCUCCCCCCUUUCGCGGAGGUUGCAGAGACGUGCGUGUCGGGCUGUUCUUGGUAUACACGCCGGCUGUAAGUGUUUAUUCACGGUGUUUAUUUGUAUGCCUGCGGUUGGGCGCAACAGUAACCCAAGUGCACAAACUAUUGUCGUACAACAGCCGUCAGAGGGAUCGGAUCUUGGAAGGAUGUUAAUACCCAGGAUGGAAAAUACACCUUAAUUACUUUAAAUUAUCUGGCUCUCUGCCAGAAGCAUCUGGAAAGGAUAACACGGAGAUAAAAUUCCAGCCGCGAUCCCUGGACUUGUUCUUGUGGCACCCGGGCACCGUUAUUGACGGAAUCACCGAAGCGCACCGGGCCAGACGGCCACCAGUAUCCGCGGCCCCGAUAGCUGGCAUGCAGAUGUGAGGAUGUGCGCUGCGAGGUUCGGGGGGAGCGUCAAUGGCUGCGCCGAAGAGCCUGCAGCCGGCACCGGGACCGGCCUGGAACGGAUCCUGCACAGCCUGGAAAUCGGCACGGUGCUCACCGUCUUCUACCAGAAGAAAUCGCAGCGACCCGAGAGGAGAACCUUCCAGAUUAAGCAGGACACCAGGCAAAUCAUCUGGACGCGGAACCCCGAUAAGAUCGAGGGCGAAAUCGACAUCCGGGAGAUCAAGGAGCUGCGAUUGGGCAAGGCCUCACGGGACUUCGAGCGCUACCCAGAGGAGGCCCGCAAGCUGGACUCGGCGCUCUGCUUCAUUGUACUUUACGGCCUCGAGUUCCGGCUGAAGACCCUCAGCGUGGCUGCCUUUAGUGAGGAGGAGGUGAACAUGUGGAUCACGGGUUUGAACUGGCUGAUAGCGGACACCCAGAGGUCCUCAACCCCACAGCACAUCGACAGGUGGCUGAGGAAGCAGUUCGAAGCCAUGGACCGCAACCAUGAGGGCAGCAUCACCGUCAAGGACGUGAAGGUGCUGCUGCCCCAGAUCAACUACCGCGUUCCCAACAUGCGCUUCCUGAAGGACAAGCUGCAGGAGGUGGAGGCCCGCUGCGAGCUCUCCUACCCCCACUUCGCCCAGCUGUACAGGACGCUGAUGUUCGACACUCAGAGGAGUAUCAUCGAACAGCUGGAGCUGUCCUUCCCCCUGCGAAAUGUGGAUCGACCUGAGCUGUGCCAGAUCUCUCUUUAUGACUUCCAGAAAUUCCUACAGCUGGACCAGAAGGAAGCCUGGGCUGUGGACCUGAGCCGGGUCAGAGAGUUCCUGUCAGGGUACCUGAGGUGCGGGGCCCAGUUGGACCCCACGCUUCAGCUGGAUGAGUUCCUCACGUUCCUGUUCUCCAAGGAGAACUCCAUCUGCGAGCCACACCCCCAGCCGGUCUCCUCUGAGGACAUGAAAAGGCCCCUGUCCCAGUACUGGAUCUCUUCCUCGCACAACACGUACCUGACGGGUGACCAGUUCUCCAGUGAGUCGUCUCUUGAGGCUUACGCCCGCUGUCUCCGUAUGGGCUGUCGCUGCAUCGAACUGGAUUGCUGGGACGGCCCCGACGACCUGCCCAUCAUCUACCACGGCCACACCCUCACCUCCAAGAUCAAGUUCCUGGACGUUCUGCACACCAUCAAAGAGCAUGCCUUCGUCACGUCCGAGUACCCCGUGAUCCUCUCCAUUGAAGACCACUGUAGCGUGGUGCAGCAGAGGAACAUGGCCACCCAUUUUAAGAAGGUGUUUGGGGAGCUGCUGCUAACCAAGGCAGUGGAUUCUUCUGCAGAUGAGCUGCCCUCACCCUACCAGCUCAGGAGGAAGAUCCUUAUUAAGCACAAGAAGCUGGCGGAGGGGACACUGUAUGAGGAGGUGACGUCGGCCAGCUACUCCGAGAGCGACAUCAGCAACUCGCUCUGCAAUGGCAUCCUGUACCUGGAGGACCCCAUCGACCACACUUGGACCCCACACUACUUUGUUCUGACCAGCAAUAAGAUCUACUACUCAGAGGAGACAUCCCGCUAUCAGAGUGGCGAGGAAGAGGAGGACGACGAGAAUAAGGAGGAGUUUAACAACAACGAGCAGCACUGUGCGGAGCGCUGGUUCCAUGGCAAACUGGGGGGGGGGCGCGAUGGUCGGCAGGUGGCCGAGAAGCUGCUGCAGGACUACUGCGAGGGCGGGGGCAAGGAUGGCACCUUCCUGGUGCGGGAGAGUGAAACCUUUGUGGGCGACUACACCCUCUCUUUCUGGCGCUCAGGGCGCGUCCAACACUGCCGCAUCCACUCCCGGCAGGAGUCGGGCUCGACCCGGUUCUACCUGACGGACAACCUGGUGUUCGACAGCCUGUACCAUCUGAUCAGCCACUACCGGGAUAUACCACUGCGCUGCAAUGAGUUCGAGAUGCGGCUGGGGAACCCUGUGCCCCAACCCAACGCCCACGAGAGCCGCGAGUGGUUCCACUCCUGCCUGUCGCGGGUGCAGGCUGAGCAUAUGCUGAUGCGCGUGCCACGGGACGGAGCCUUCCUGGUGCGCAAACGCAGCGAGGCUAAUUCCUAUGCCAUCUCCUUCAGGGCCGAGGGGAAGAUCAAGCACUGCCGGAUUCAGCAAGAGGGCCGCCUCUUCAUGCUGGGUAGCUCGGCAGAGUUCGAGAGCCUGGUGGAUCUCGUUAGCUACUAUGAGAAGCACCCGCUAUACCGCAAGAUGAGACUACGCUACCCCAUUAAUGAGGACACACUGGACCGCAUGGGCACCACGGAGCUGGAUUAUGGGGCCCUUUAUGAGGUCCGCACGCCACACUUCUACGUGGAGGCCAACAAGAUGCCCACUGCUAGGUGCACCGUCAAGGCACUAUACGACUACCGGGCACAGAGGGAGGACGAGCUGUCCUUCCCCAAGCAGGCCCUCAUCCUCAACGUGGAUAAGCAGGAAGGAGGCUGGUGGCGGGGUGACUAUGGGGGCAGGAAACAGCUGUGGUUCCCAGCCAACUACGUGGAAGAACUGCCCAGCUCUCCGCUGCGGGAGCCGGACGAGGCGGUGGGUCCUCAAAACGGGUCCUCUGAGAGCAGUCCCCUGGGCACGUUCCUCAAAGGCUUCAUCGACGUGCCCACCUGCCAAGUGGUGGUACAGAAAGAAGGGAAGCAUGCAAGACCCUUCGUGUUCACCCUGCACUCCCAGCAGAUGUCCUCCCACCCAGUGCAGACCCUGGACGUGGCCGCUGACUCCCUGGAGGACCUCAAUGCCUGGGUGGCUAAGAUCCGUGAGGCAGCCCAAAAUGCGGAUGCACGGAUGCAGGAGGAGAAACAGAUGGAGAGGCGGAAGAAGAUAGCGCUGGAACUGUCGGAGCUCGUGGUGUACUGUCGACCCGUGCCCUUCAACGAAGAGAAGAUCGGAACGGAGAGGGCCUGCUACCGGGACAUGUCGUCCUUCCCGGAGACCAAGGCCGAGAAGUUCGCCACGCGGGGCCGCGGCAAGCGCUUCCUGCGGUACAACCGGCGUCAGCUGUCGCGCGUCUACCCCAAGGGUCAGCGCCUCGACUCGUCCAACUACGACUCCCUGCCCAUGUGGCUGUGCGGCUGCCAGCUGGUGGCGCUCAACUUCCAGACCCCCGACAAACCCAUGCAGCUCAACCAGGCCCUGUUCACCCUUGGGGGGAGCAGCGGUUAUGUCCCACAGCCCGACAUCAUGAGAGACGAGAACUUCGACCCCUUCGACAAGGACACUCUGCUCGUGGAGCCAAUCACUAUCCAGCUGCAGGUACUUGGAGCCCGCCAUCUCCCCAAGAAUGGCCGCAGCAUCGUCUGCCCCUUUGUGGAGGUGGAGGUGUGCGGGGCAGACUUUGACUGCAGCAAGAGCAAGACAGAUGUAGUGGCUGAUAAUGGACUGAAUCCCGUGUGGAUGCAGAAACAGGUCGUGUUUGACAUCCAUAACCCCACCUUCUCCUUCCUGCGAUUCAUGGUGUAUGAAGAGGACAUGUUCAGCGACCCAAACUUCCUGGCCCAGGCCGUCUACCCUGUCCGAGCUCUCAAGACUGGUUACAGGAGUAUCCCUCUGAAGAACUGCUACAGUGAGGAGCUGGAGCUGGCCUCACUGUUGGUACACAUCGAGAUUGUCAAUGCCAAGGACGAUGAGAACCUGUACUUGUCGAUCCAACGUUUACGGGAGCGAACCAACGAACUGUCCAAUCAGGUGUCUAUCCUGGAGAGGGCGGGGUCAUCCGACCACAGCUACCAGCAGAGCCUGGAUGAACUACGUGCUGUACAGGACCAGCUGACUGAACUGAUGGAGGCACGCAACCACAGGCUGACAGAGAAUAAGAAAAGAGAGAAGAUGAGGCAGCAGAUGGGGAUGAAACGUAGUUAAAUCCUCCGGCCAUCAGUGGGCAGCAGAAAAAUAUGGGCCGAAACUAGAGGGCAGGAAGUUGCACAUGGUGGUGAUGUCGCCCUCCAUACUCCAGAGCUCCACUUUGCCGUCUCAUGACGAAACACAAGAACUAACUGGAAUUACAGUCUUCAGUUACUAGGUGACAUAUUGAUAUGCUACAGGAACAUACUGGAAAAAAUUACAGGACGAUGUAUGUCAAAGGCCAACACAAGACCACAUGGACCCACGGUCUCAAACUCUUCUUGGACAUAAUAUGGUAACAAAAAAAAAAGACAAACAUUUAAACGGUUAAAGAAGUAGGCAGAGAAUAUGGGUCGCUUACAAUGCCCAGUAAGAAACUGGAAUGAAAGCAAAUGGUGAGAGAAGAGCAUAGGGAUCUAAGGAAAGUAUGAAUGGGUUUUGUGCCUUCAAACUAUACAAAUACACGUUCACACGUCUGUGAGUUUCAGGUUACUGUGCAGGGCACCGCAGGCCUACUGCUCUAAGGAACUUCUCCACAACUCUGCACUUUUAAAUCUGCAGGCCGCUCUACAAACCGGAGGGAAUGAUGGGUAAAACCCUGACCCUUCUUCAGAAACAGGUAGUAAGUGGUACGUUAUACAUAUGUAGCUGUUUGGUUAGUAUUAUUAGGGUUAGACCACAGAGUGGGAUUAACACACGUACCCCUGCAACAGGAGCGGGAGGAAGGUUACUCGAUAAACUAUUAAUUUUUUUGAAGGGCGUAAUAAUUGUAAUGCAAUAAAUAACAUUAGCAAAGGUAUAUGAUUUGUUUUGAAGAGUAGCCCCCUGAGAAGGCCGUGGUCCGGCAUUUCGUCCCAGGCGAGGGUGGAAGCGCGUUUCAGGAUUCAGCAUUUAUUCGAGAACCGUGACUCGUUUUCACGCUUGCCCUCACUUUGCCACAAUAUGCAUGUACACGCCCACUAUCAAUUGGCACUUUUUUCAAAAUAUCCUCAUGUCUGUACUGUUCUAUUCCCUCUCUGCUCUUACGUUCUGCCUUCGCCAUGUCCCUGUGUUCUCGGCGCAGCAUUUUUCAUUGGCACAAACACACAAAUUCCCCACACCACCGGGGUAACCGGAGCUCCUGGGUGGUUAUGGGUUCGAAUCCCAGCUUGGAAAACCCUGUGGCUUAUGGUCCGCUUUUUGUUUGGAGGAUGCGUAAUGUGGCACAAGGGGCAGAACAACUCUCUUGUGAUCCAGGUAGUCUCAAAGCCCAGAUCUCAGACCACUUUACUACUGGAUCAAUAUGCAGAAUAUCACCGGCCAUGCACAUGUGCGAGUGGCUCUGGAGGAAGGACUCGCAGCCAGGUCAUGCCAGUCUGAUGAGUGGAACACAGAGACUUUGCUGAGCAAGAGUGAACAGCAGAGCCCAGAGAUCCCACGGAGUCUAUUCACCUGCCUCCCCUAAUCUGGAGCAGCAUAACCUACAUCGGACUGCCCGUGUCUGGGAAACACCUCUUAUAUUGUUAGGGCAGCAGGGGGCGUACUGACUAAGGAACCCAGUUUUAGCUUCGAGUCUUCAGAAGGGCCCUGGUGUUUUACCUUUGAGAGGGGCGUUUAAUCUUGAUUUGUUACCAGAAGGUAAGCAAUGCCAGCUGCUUUGGAUGGUAUAUGCUGAGCAACUGUAUACUACUAAUAAUAAUAAUAUAGUGAUGAUUAGCAAAGCGAGUCCUCAUGAAGUCAUCAUCUCAGGAGCCCUGGGAGGAUCAAACUGGAUUAGCAGCUCAGAGGCCACCAGCUUCUUGGCGGGUUGGGGGCAACACUGGCUCCCAAAUGUAGCCCCUACCCACCUGCUGGAGUGGGCGGGGUGGCUGUACCUUGGCCAGAGCUUGGUGUUUUUUUUAUGGUCUCAGUUCAUCCUCUGUGCCAUUAAUUGGGUUAACAAAGUUUUACACACACAUGCAGACACACUUAAAAGGGCUAUGACAAAAAAGAAAAGGACACUUUACCUCAUGCCUGAUCAUUCUGAAUGUGCUGGAAUGUUCUCUUACACCCCCCCCCCCCCCCCAUGUUACCCACCAGAGCAGGUGUCACCCAAAACAGGGAGAGAACAGCAUGAGGAUGUGAAGAUGCAGUAAUUCAACGUGUGAUAUAUGAGCAAAGCGACGUGUAUAACAUUCCCUUUAAAUGCCCCCCUCCUCCCACUCCACGUGGCACCAAGAUGGACUGUCUAUGCAAAGCUGAUUAUCUCCACCUGACCCAAAAUAAUUCUGGCUGUCUUUUGUCUUUGCAUUUACCUGUAUUUAACUGAAUAUCUAUUUCAAGCUGUCCAGUAUAAUGCCACCCCAAAGACCUGUACAAGUGUCCAUUGAAAUAAAAAAAAA